GCGACUGACGCAGACACUCUGUGACGUUUCCUGCAGAGCUCUGGCCUCUUUUCUACGCGUACUUACGAUGACCAGCCAACUAUUCGACGAGUGGCUGACCGCCAUGACCUACGACGACGGCGAGCCGGGCCUACCGCCGGGAACGCCUCCAACACAGAAGUUUGAAGGUCCAUGGUUUACCACGCAACUCUUGCUUUCUUCCAGUAUUGGUCUUGUAUCGUUCCUCGUGUUCUGCUUCUGUCGCACGCGAUGGCCCCUUGUGUUUGCUCCUCGUACCAAGUUGAAAGGCUUUUCGCCUCAUGAGGCUCACGCACAUCAAGCAUUCUUCGGUUGGAUUAUACCCACUAUUCGCACAUCCGAGUUCUCUGUGCUACAGAUCGUUGGAUUGGAUGCAGCUGUGCUUCUCAACUUCUUCAAGAUGUCUUUCAUGCUGUUCUCAAUCUGCUCCGUCUUCGCGGUAACGAUACUCAUGCCACUCAAUCUUAGGAAUAACAUCGAUAUUGGGGAUGGCAGCGAAGACAAUGAGACCGACUGGCGUACCAUUAUCGCCGCUCCUGGCAAUUCCACAUCGCGCGAUUGGCUCGAUCUCGUCAGCGAUGCCAACUCAUAUCUAUCCGUCCACUUCCUUUUCACCUAUCUGUUCACUAUCCUAGCCCUCCGUGCGAUACACCACAACUACAAACGAUUCAUUCGCGCGCGCCAGUUGUUCUCUCUGGAACUCGUCCAUUCGAUAUCUGCGCGGACAGUCAUGGUCACCCACCUCCCCAAACACCUACGUAGUGAGAGAGCGGUAGCGGAGUACUUCGAGCGGAUGGAUCUCAGCGUCGAGAGCGUCAGCAUAUGCAGAGAGGUCGAAACGCUGAAACGGCUCUUGGACAAACGUACAGCGACAUUGCUGAAGCUGGAGGCGGCUUGGGUUAAAUAUGUCGGGAAUCCCAGUAUCAUAGAUCUCGAACGCGAGAGUCGCCGCCUGUUGGAUGCAGGAGAAGCCGAUAUCGAACCUGUCCAUCCGGUGGUUCCGGGUCGUAGACGGCCGACCAUUCAUCCAAGUUGGUUCAGUCGGAGAGUAGACGCGCUGAAGUACUUAGACGAGCAAUUCCAGAUGGCGGACGAGUUGGUCCAGAAGCAGCGAAGAACUGGCCGUUUCAAAGCAACGCAUGUUGCCUUUGUCACCUUUGAGAAGAUGUCUAGUGCGCAAGUGGCAGCCCAGACAGUCCAUGCGCCAGCUCCCAAUCAAUGCAUGACGCAUCUUGCCCCUGAGCCCCGCGACAUUGUAUGGGCAAACAUCAGCCACUCGCCGACGUCGAAGCGCGUUCGCGAGCUGAUUGUCUUCUCCGCAAUGUGUCUCCUGCUUCUGUUCUGGCUUAUCCCGACGUCCGCUCUUGCGAGUCUGCUUAGCUAUAAAGAGAUCAAGAAAGUGAUGCCUCGCCUUGGCCGACUAAUCGAUACAAACGAACAAGUCCGCGCGAUUGUACAGAACUCGCUUCCUUCAGUGGCAAUCAUUACACUGAAUGCCCUGUUGCCGUUUCUAUUGGAAGCGCUUACCUAUUUUCAGGGAUAUCCCGCCCGUAGCUGGAUUGAGUAUUCGCUCUUGAAGAAGUACUUUCUCUUCUUAUUGGUGAACGUCGUCUUCAUAUUCUUGGUAGCCAGUACCUACUGGCAGCUUGUUCGGGAUCUCGCCAGCUCGCCUGCUAAGGGAGUUCAGAAGCUCGCCGACGCGCUGGCUGCAGGGAAAGCCAGACAUUUCUUCUUGUCAUAUGUAAUCCUGCAAGGGCUUGGCAUUAUGCCGCUACAGCUGCUUAAUUUCGGAACAAUCAUUCCACGUCUCGUCUAUCGUCUCUUCAUCACACGGACCCCUAGAGAUUAUGCGGAACUGAACGCACCGCCGAUGAUCAACUACGGCGUUGUGUAUCCACAGGCGAUCCUGAUAUUCGUCAUCACACUGUUGUAUAGUGUCAUUCAGCCGCUGAUUUUGAUAUUCGGCGCACUAUAUUUCGGUGUCGGGUAUGUUGUCUACAAGUACAAGCUGCUAUUCGUGUUCUACAAACCCUACGAGUCCCAAGGACAAGCAUGGCCGAUCACGUUUGCACGUCUUAUUUGGGGCGUCAUCAUAUUCAUCCUCUUCAUGACCGGCAUCUUCGUCUUGAAGAAAUCCUUUGUCCUCUCCACUCUCCUCGUUCCACUGCUAGCCGGCACCAUUUUUUGGUCAUGGCAGAUAGCUAAAGCAUUUCGUCCACUUAGCAAGUAUGUCAACCUGAGCUCAGUGUUUGAAGUUCAGCGUGGAGAAGAUACCGCAGAUGUGGUGCGCUUGAGGAGCGGCCAUCCAGUGACAUGGUCACAAAGUAAUCUGAAUCAUCGGCGAUAUGCACAAAACGAUGAGACAUUGUAUGUUGCGCCUGAAGAUGACCGCACUGACUAUUCACAGCCACCCAUGGCAAAUUGGUAUAGCGGUGUCCUGAACACAGGAAAAAGAAGAUAUGGCCACCCAGCCAUCAAUGGUGUCCUGCCAUCACCUUGGCUGCCUCAUAAGCAACUCAUUGCAUCAAGAGCAGGUGAAAACCCUGCUGUCGUACUAACACUGCGCAAGCGGCGUAGUGUUCAGGCAAAUGACAAUCUACCGGACGCCCGACAGCCGGUCGGAGAUCAAGCACUCUCUCCAGGAGGUCACCAGCCGGCUGGUUUGAACAUUGGUCUACCUCAUUCUCCAACGCUACACCGUCAGAUUAGCUAUGAUCACAGUUCAGGAGUAAUGGUGUUGCCUGAAAGUGAUAACUGGUUAAGUGACAAUAGUGAUUCAGAUGGAACAGAUGUUGGUGCAGCCUCUGGGCAGGGAUUAGGUGGGCCAGAUGGACAAGGUGAAAAUGCUGUAAUGUCUGGUAAGCAACACAGUACAUAUUAUCAUCAUCCAGAGCGACGCAGAACAAUGCUACCUCAGUAGCCGAGCAUUAUUAUAUGAUAAAAGGUUGUCUCACUUUCCGUUCCAACCUAAGAGAACCCCUAGGAUAAAUAAAGUCUGCUAUCCUACUGUAGGGUAGAUUGUCUAUAGUCCAGUGAGAGAAUUAC